AUGUCCUUCCAAGACCUAGGAGUAUCAAAGUGGCUUGUAGAAGCCCUUAAUGCUAUGAAGAUCAACCAACCAACAUCGAUUCAAUCUGCUUGUAUACCGAAAAUUCUCAAGGGACAUGAUUGUAUUGGAGGUGCCAAGACUGGUAGUGGUAAGACAAUUGCAUUUGCAGCACCUAUGCUUACCAAGUGGUCUGAAGACCCCAGUGGGAUUUAUGGAGUGGUACUUACCCCUACUAGAGAGUUGGCCUUGCAAAUUGCAGAACAAUUUGCAGCCCUUGGAGCUUCAAUGAAUAUUAGAGUUAGUGUCAUUGUAGGAGGUGAAGAUAUUGUUAAACAAGCAUUAGAAUUACAGAAAAGACCACAUUUUGUUAUCGCAACCCCUGGUAGGUUAGCUGAUCAUAUUUUGAACAGUGGAGAAGAUACGAUAGGUGGAUUAAGAAGAGUGAAAUAUCUUAUUUUAGAUGAAGCUGAUAGAUUAUUAAGUAAUAGUUUUGGAAGUGAUUUAGAAAGGUGUUUUAAAAUUUUACCUCCAAGUGACAAGAGACAGACUCUUUUAUUCACUGCUACUGUCACUGACGCUGUCAGAGCAUUGAAGGACAAACCUACAGCUGCAGGUAAGCCAGAUGUAUUCAUCCAUGAAGUUGAAACAGUUGAUAAAGUUGCCAUUCCAUCAACAUUGGCAAUCCAAUAUAUUUUCAUUCCUUCAUAUGUUAAGGAAGCAUAUCUUAAUAGUAUUUUAACAUUACCAAGUUAUGAAAAUGCCACUGCCAUCGUUUUCGUUAACAAGACUCAUACUGCUGAAGUAUUGAGAAGAACUCUUCGUAAACUUGAAUUAAGAGUUGCCUCUUUACAUUCUGAAAUGCCUCAAACAGAAAGAACAAACUCAUUGCAUAGAUUUAGAGCUGGUGCUGCUCGUAUUUUAAUUGCCACUGAUGUUGCUUCUAGAGGUUUGGAUAUUCCAAGUGUUGAAUUGGUAAUUAAUUAUGAUAUCCCUGCAGAUGCAGAUGAUUUCAUUCAUAGAGUAGGUAGAACUGCCAGAGCUGGUAGAAAGGGUACCUCUAUCAGUGUUGUUACUGAAAAGGAUGUGGAAAGAAUUUUAUCAAUUGAAGAAAGAAUCAAUAAAAAGAUGGAUUUAUUAGAUGAAGUUGAUGAUAAUAAGGUCAUUAAAGAAUCAUUACAAGCCACCAGUGCAGCCAAAAGAGAAGCAUUGAUGGAUAUGGAUAGGGAAAACUUUGGAGAAAAGAGGAAAAACAAUAAAAGAAAGAAUGGUAAGACUGUCAGUAGUAAUAAUGAACCUGAAAAGAAAAAGAAGAAGUAA